CGAGUUGUGGGGGGGAAAGAGGGAGGACAGGGGGCGCGGAGUCAGAGUGGCGCAGCAAGUGGCUGCAGGUGGCGACGGUGGCGGGGGUUGGGGAGUGAGGUAGUCUAGGCGUCGCGGAGGAGGAAGGUGAGAGGGUCCAAAUAAAACUAAAUCUGCAGUCUGGCCUACUGGUCCGGGGGCCGCGGAGCCCCCACCCGGGGAGAUGGACCUCAACCGGAUCAUCCAGGCGCUGAAGGGCACCAUCGACCCGAAGCUUCGGAUUGCAGCAGAGAACGAGCUCAACCAGUCUUACAAGAUUAUCAAUUUUGCCCCCAGUUUACUUCGGAUUAUAGUCUCUGACCAUGUGGAAUUUCCAGUACGCCAGGCAGCUGCCAUCUACCUAAAGAACAUGGUGACCCAGUAUUGGCCAGAUCGAGAACCUCCACCAGGAGAAGCAAUAUUUCCCUUCAAUAUUCAUGAAAAUGACCGCCAGCAAAUACGUGAUAACAUUGUGGAAGGGAUAAUUCGAUCACCAGAUUUAGUGAGAAUCCAGUUAACAAUGUGUCUCCGUGUCAUCAUUAAGCAUGAUUUUCCUGGUCACUGGCCAGCCGUAGUGGACAAGAUAAACUUUUACUUACAAUCGCAGAACAGUGGAAGCUGGCUUGGCAGUUUGUUAUGUCUUUACCAACUGGUGAAGACUUAUGAAUAUAAGAAAGCAGAAGAAAGAGAACCUCUUAUAGCAGCGAUGCAGAUAUUUUUGCCACGUAUUCAGCAGCAAAUCAUGCAGCUCCUUCCUGAUUCCUCCCAUUAUUCUGUAUUACUACAGAAACAGAUUCUCAAAAUCUUUUAUGCUCUUGUUCAGUAUGCAUUGCCUCUUCAGUUGGUGAAUAACCAAACCAUGACAACAUGGAUGGAGAUCUUCCGAACUAUUAUUGACAGGACAGUCCCUCCUGAGACUCUGCAAAUUGAUGAAGAUGAUAGACCAGAACUAGUAUGGUGGAAGUGUAAAAAGUGGGCUCUGCAUAUUGUAGCUCGUCUCUUUGAACGGUAUGGAAGCCCAGGAAAUGUCACAAAAGAAUAUUUUGAAUUUUCUGAAUUCUUCUUGAAAACCUAUGCAGUGGGAAUUCAGCAGGUACUACUAAAAAUUUUAGAUCAAUAUAGACAGAAAGAGUAUGUAGCCCCUCGUAUUCUUCAGCAAGCAUUCAACUAUCUCAACCAAGGGGUUGUUCAUUCUGUAACCUGGAAGCAGAUGAAGCCACACAUACAGAAUAUCUCCGAAGAUGUGAUUUUUUCUGUGAUGUGCUAUAAAGAUGAGGAUGAAGAGCUGUGGCAAGAAGAUCCAUAUGAGUAUAUAAGGAUGAAAUUUGAUAUUUUUGAAGAUUAUGCUUCUCCUACCACAGCAGCCCAGACUCUCUUAUAUACUGCUGCAAAGAAAAGGAAAGAGGUGUUGCCAAAAAUGAUGGCAUUCUGUUAUCAAAUCCUAACAGACCCGAACUUUGACCCUAGGAAGAAAGAUGGAGCCCUGCAUGUGAUUGGUUCCCUAGCUGAGAUUUUAUUGAAGAAGAGUUUAUUCAAGGACCAAAUCGAGCUAUUCCUACAGAAUCAUGUAUUUCCUUUAUUGUUGUCUAACCUGGGAUAUCUUCGAGCUAGAUCAUGCUGGGUGCUUCAUGCAUUUAGUUCUUUGAAGUUUCACAAUGAACUCAACCUCAGAAAUGCAGUUGAAUUAGCAAAGAAGAGCCUGAUUGAAGAUAAGGAGAUGCCAGUCAAAGUUGAAGCUGCCCUUGCUCUUCAGUCAUUAAUUUCUAAUCAGAUACAAGCUAAGGAAUAUAUGAAGCCACAUGUGAGGCCUAUUAUGCAGGAGCUGUUGCACAUUGUUAGAGAGACAGAAAAUGAUGAUGUUACUAAUGUAAUCCAGAAGAUGAUAUGUGAAUACAGUCAAGAGGUAGCCUCGAUUGCUAUUGAUAUGACCCAACACUUGGCUGAGAUAUUUGGCAAAGUUCUUCAAAGUGAUGAAUAUGAAGAAGUUGAAGACAAAACAGUAAUGGCUAUGGGAAUUUUACAUACUAUUGAUACUAUCUUAACAGUUGUAGAAGAUCAUAAAGAGAUCACACAGCAAUUAGAGAAUAUCUGUCUACGGAUCAUUGACCUUGUUUUACAGAAGCAUGUAAUUGAAUUCUAUGAAGAAAUUCUUUCACUGGCAUAUAGUUUAACCUGUCACACAAUUUCCCCUCAAAUGUGGCAACUUCUAGGUAUUUUAUAUGAAGUUUUCCAGCAGGAUUGCUUUGAAUACUUUACAGACAUGAUGCCUCUCCUGCAUAAUUAUGUGACAAUAGAUACAAAUACUUUACUAUCAAAUCCAAAGCAUUUAGAAGUACUUUUUACAAUGUGUAGAAAGGUACUAUGUGGAGAUGCAGGAGAAGAUGCAGAAUGUCAUGCAGCCAAACUUCUUGAAGUCAUUAUUCUUCAGUGCAAAGGAAGGGGAAUUGAUCAG